AUGACCCGCCGUAAGGUCAUCACGAGCCACACAGGCUCUUCGACAAUUUCUGAGCCUUGUACGACAGACCUCAGCUCCAUCAAUACCGCAACGGAACACAUUUUCAGCAGCCUACCCGUAUCAGAGGAUGAUUCGCCUCAGUUACCACGACUUACAGACCUCCAAACUGGCUCAUCAACGGAGCAUGACACACAUUUAAUCAACACUUCUCUGCUGAUUCCUGGCCGAGGGAAACCACAGAAAGACAUGUCAAUAAUCAUCAAGUCUGGCAAAAUCCACUCUAUUCAGUCGACAAGCUCUCUCACAGAAGGCAUUUCUAAGUUUAUUCCAACCACCACCGUUCCCGUUCUCUUACCUGGGCUCUGGGACUGCCACACGCAUCUGCUUGGCGCAACAUCAUUCAAUUUCUCGGAGCUAUUGACAACCUCGCCACCAGCACUCGCAGGUGCCCGCAUCUCACGUAAUGUGCACGAUAUUCUGAUGAGCGGCUUCACCUCCGUGCGUGAUUUGGGAGGCUAUGCAAUUGAGGUCUCCAAAGCCAUCGUCGAAGGUACACUAGUAGGACCCAACAUUUACUCGGCGGGGGCAGCUAUCUCCCAAACAUCUGGACACGGCGAUAUCUUCGAUAUGCCAUCGGGCUUCGUGACAUCAUGCCUGGGUGUCCGCGAUACUCAAGCAAAUGGGUUCAAUCCAGCUGGUGGACCUUUACUCCUUGCUGACGGGGAAGAUGAAUGUCGUCGCGCCGUACGCUUGCUGAUUCGACGUGGUGCCUCGUGCAUCAAGGUUUUUGCAUCAGGCGGCGUUCUCAGCAUUGCCGAUGACCCUCUGCGUCAACAGUUUUCCGAUGCCGAACUCAGGACGAUCGUCGAUGAAGCCAACCGCGCCGGUCGCGUCGUAGCCGCACACUGUCAUGGCAAGAACGGGAUAAUGGCCGCCCUCCGCGCCGGCUGUCACACGAUUGAACACGGCACAUACAUGGACGAUGAAUGCAUCUCGGAAUUCAAGAAACGUAAUGCUGUGUACGUGCCCACACGCACGGUCGUCAAACUUGGCGUUGAUCACCCAGAAUUGAUGUCCCCUGAGUCUUACCGCAAGAUGCUUGAGACAGCCAAGCACCACGAGUCGGCGUAUCGUCUGGCUGUGAAAUCUGGUAUCAAGAUCGCGCUCGGCACUGAUUUGGGGAUCUCGGUGCCGACUACCCAUCCUAUGGCGUUGGGCAAUAGCGGCGGCGAGCUGAGCUACGCUGUAACGGAUGGCGGCAUGACGGCCUUACAGGCUAUUGAAGCCGCCACUGCGAAUGCACCAGAUGUGCUCGGAGAUUUAGGCAUGGCGCCUAAGAGCGGGAGGAUUGAGGUUGGCUAUGAUGCCGAUCUGAUCGCUCUCAGCAAAGAUCCGCUGGAGGACAUGGCUGUGUUCAAGCAUCCAAAGAAUAUCACACAUGUGUGGAAAGGUGGAAAAUUGUUCAAGAGUCUCGAAUAG